AUGAGUGGCCCUGCCCUUAACAAGAUCGACCCCAGCAGCUCCUCGAGGCAGAAGCCCUCCGAGCUCGAGCAGGGCCUCGCCCAGGCUCUCUACGACCUCGAGACCAACACCGCCGACCUGAAGGCUGCUCUCCGACCCCUUCAGUUCGUCUCCGCUCGUGAGAUCGAGGUUGGCCACGGCAGGAAGGCUAUUGUCAUCUUUGUCCCCGUCCCUUCCCUUCAGGGCUUCCACCGAGUUCAGCAGCGCUUGACUCGUGAGCUUGAGAAGAAGUUCUCUGACCGCCACAAGCAGAAGCGUCCCCGUUCCCGAACCCUCACCGCCGUCCACGAUGCCAUCCUCACCGAUCUCGUCUACCCCGUCGAGAUUGUUGGCAAGCGCAUCAGGACCAAGGAGGACGGCAACAAGAUCCUCAAGGUCGUCCUUGACGAGAAGGAGCGUGGUGGUGUUGACUACAGGCUCGACACCUACUCUCAGGUCUACCAGAAGCUCACUGGCCGCAACGUCAACUUCGAGUUCCCCCAGGUCGCCUCUGAGUUUUAA